AUGUCCACUACCACGCCCUCCGAAUCAUCGUCCUCCAGUCUGGGCUCCCCGUUUUGGAUCCUGAGACUCUUCCGCUUCCUACAGCUGCUCUCCACCUGUGUGGCCUUCUCCCUGGUGGCCAGCGUGGGCACCUGGAGCGGGGCCAUAAGUAAUUGGUACCUGUUCAUCUGGUGCUUCUGCUUCGUCGUGACCCUCAUCAUCCUCAUAGUUGAGUUAUGUGGGCUCCAGUCCUGCUUCCCCCUCUACUGGUACAACUUUUCCAUCACCGCAUUCUCCUGCAUCGCUGCUGUGGCUUAUGCCACCGAAGCGGUCAGGACCUGGGCCUGUUACCUGCCAGGUGAGCUCACCAGCUUAAUGGGCACCAGGCAUAGCCUGCUCAAGCUUCUGCAGAAUUUCGUGGCCAGUGUCAUCUUCGCCUUCAUCUGCAGCCCCCACCUGUGCCAGCCCCAGCCGGCCCUGGUGUGGUGCGUGGCCGUGUACCCCAUCUGCUUCCUCCUGGGGACCAUGGCCCUCCUGCUGGGCUUGGUUGACUGCGACAAUAGGCAGCCCAUCUUCUGCAUUUUCCUGUUGGGGCUGAGUCUGCUCUCCGUCCUCCUCUACGCCAGCGCCCUGGUCCUCUGGCCGCUCUACCAGUUCAGCAAGAAGUUCGGUGGCCAGCCCCAGCGGUCCAGCGAUGUGAGCUGCAGUGAUGAGCUCCCCUCCACGAUGUGCAUCUACGACCAACAACUGGCUGUGGCCAUCCUGACAGCCAUCAACCUGCUGACUUACGUGGCCGACACAGUGUACUGGGCCCGCCUCGUUUCUGUCAGGCACUGA